AUGGCUAAACAAUGUUCAAGUAAGGAAUUUGUUUUUGCAGGUAUCGUCGGUGCUUCAAGCUCAGGUUUCAUUAGUGUGAUUGACGUUGUUGCGCUAAUAGUACCUGCAUAUAACCCACAAAAACCUCGAGACGCAACAGCAAUGAAGAACGGGAUAAUCCUAAUUGCAUUUACCCCCAUCCCCUACACGCAUUUCUUCAAACAGUGUUCUGCAUCGGUUUCCAAACCCAUGACAUAG